CACUUCUGUGUGGAUGCCUUCUGAUAGACCGCUAGGCUGUUGUAUUGUAGUGACUAAAAAUAACAGCCUAGUGUAUGUCGAACUUCAACCCGAACGUGACUGCAGGUGCGAACACUAUACGACCGGGUUGAUGACACAAAGCUGCUGACUGUAGGAGCUCGUGUGAACGAGAGGUAUGACUGGUGCAUACGAUGGAACGUUUAACAUAUGUGUGGCAAUGUGUGAUGGUAACAGAGGAAUUGGACUGGCCGGACACCACCCGUGGCCGUCUCUACCGUCGGAUUUCCGGUAUUAUAUGACAUUGACGGGUACGCCAAACGAAAAAGGAAAAGUAUCUGUUAACAUCAAAGGACGGGUCACGUGGGAAGGUUCCAGUGAGCUCGAGAGACAUAGACCAGGCGUGAUCAACAUUUUGAUUAGCCGUAAACUAAAAGAGCCACCAGACGAGGCGGUGGAGAGUGUAUUCCCUACUUUACAAGAUGCAGUGGAUUACCUUUCCACGUCAGCGGCAUUUUUAUCGAUGAUUGACACUGUGUGGAUAAUGGGUGGAGAAGAUAUAUAUCGGGAAGCGAUCAACCAUCCGGCGUGCAAAAGGAUCUAUCUCACUCGGAUCUACGGCUCCUUCCCCUCAGACAGAUUUCUGGCAGGAUUCGAGAACAAGUUCCAACAGAUCGACCAGUAA